GAAUAAAACGGCGAAAAAAAAAUGGUGUCGGGGAAAGAGGCUGCAAAGAUCCGCACGUUUGUGCGGGAACAACUUCGAGAUGAUCCGGAUUUGAGUUCACUGACGAUAGGCAUUUUAAAGAAGCAAUAUUUGGCGUUGGUGGGACGUGAAUCAUUAAGUGCAGAUGCAAAGAAAUUCUUGAAACAGGUGGUUGAAGAGGAACUGCUAAAAAUGCAGGUGAGUGACAGCAGUGGAAAAGACCUGGAGACAGAGACUGAGCCCCAAAAGAAGAGGGCGCGAGAAAAGGAAAAUGGUAAUGUUUGUAAAACUGGGCCCAGCGCAAAGAGAUCUCGACAGCAGUCAAACUCAUCAGACUCAGAGGCCAGUGAAGAUUGCAAAAGUGAAAGGGAGGAGAGUGAUGAGGAUCAACAAAUAAAAAACCCAUCUGGAACUGGACAGCAACACAAGAAGACGGCAAACCAAAUCAUUGAAGAUGACAAAAGCAGUGAGGAGUCCACAGAUGAAAUGAAUAUGACAGAUAAACAUCAGAAAAAAGUGAAUGAGAGUACUUGUGAUGACGGUCCAAAAGAGAUGGGAGAAAAUGGAAGUAAAAGUGCAAAGAGUGGGAAGAAGAAAAGCAGCACCAGAGUUAAAGAAAAUGCCUCACCGGGAGAUGAAGAAAAUGAAGCAAACACUGAGAGCAGUUCAGAUGAGGAAACAGGAAAAAUCCCAGAAGAGAAAAAUGAUGAGCUUGCUCAGGACUCUGACUCAUCGUCAUCUGACUCUUUGGAAGACGAGCGGGAAAGUGAGAAAAGGGAGAAAAUGAACAAAAAGAAGAUGACCAGCAAGAAAGAUGAGAGUGAAAAGAAUAGUAAAAGUGAAAAGGAUGCAGAUAACGAGUCAGAUGGAAGUAGUGAACAUGAUGGCAGUGAAUCGGAUGACGGUGGAGCUGCAAAGAUCUCAGUGGAAAAGAAAAAUGAUGAGCCUGCUCAGGACUCUGACUCAUCAGAAUCAGUUUCUGUGGAAGAUGAGCAGGAAAGUGAGCCAGUGAAGAAAAUCGUUACCAAAAAGAAGAAAACCACUGAGAAAGAGAGCGGAAAGACUCGUAAAAGUCAAAAGGAUGACAACAAAGCUAUUGUGAGGCUCAAACGCUACAUUUCCCUCUGUGGCGUGAGGCACAAUUACAAGAAACUUUUCGAUGGCUGUCGUUCAGUUCGCUCCAUGGUGGCGGUUCUGAAGAAGGAACUUGAAGAUCUUGGUGUUACAGGUCGGCCAUCUGUUGAGAAAUGCAAAAAAGUCCGUUUAAAGAGAGAGAGGGCACAGGAGCUCGCUGAGCUUGAUGUCAGCAACAUCAUUACCACACAAGGUCGGCCUAGACGAAGAGGAGCCUCAGCUUUGGAGGAACACCGUAGGUCACCGCAGCCCUCGACUUAUCACCGCAGUUUGAACUCCAGCUCUGAUAGCGAUCAGGACCACACAGCCAGGCGGCACAAAAAAGCAACAGACUGGUCGAACCUGCAGGGGAUCAUCAGUGAUGAUGCAGACAGUAACUGACAGACAUUUAUCCUGACAGCGUUGAGGCUUUUUGGAGGCAAGCAUUCAUUUUAUACAUUCAGAGUUUUCGCUUUCAAAUCUGUAUUUUACAUUAAAGUUGUAUUUCACGUGAAUUUUGGGUUUUGUAAAUUACUUUUGAUACUGAGGACUGUAUUCUGAAUCUUUUUUGCAAACAAUGCACAGAUGUACAGUUGAUCUCUUAUUUUAAUGAUGAAUAUUGAACAUUUUCUUCCAAAUCUGUUGUAAAAGAUGUUAAAACAUUAUGUCCCAGUAUUGUUUAUAAUAAAGGAUACAGUGCAUCUG